AUCAAAUGAAAAGAACCAUUGAAUAUGUACGAGCACAAAAUACUGAAACAACCGAAGAUAUUCGCGCAGAAAUUAAAAAUUUCCGCGAUAAGAGACUUUCUGAAGAUCAACAGGAGCAAGAUAAUGUUCUAAAAGCCCUAACAAUCAACAAGCAUUCACAAAUAAGUUCUAGAAUUGGAGAGCAUUCUCGUAAUGCUGAUGUAACAAUUGAAAAUGAUAGUGAUGAAGAUAAUUUCAGUUCCAUAUUAUCGACCAAGACUAAAGAGAGGGGUAGGGGUAGAGGUUCAAGAGGUGGCAGAGGAUCUAGAGGAGGCAAAGAAAAAUCUAAUGAAGGGAAUGCAUCUAUUAUAAAAAUGCUGAAUUCUAGAAGUGCGCAGUCAAAGAAAACUCGUGAUCAAUAUAUUGUAAUAAGUGAUUCCGAAUAAUAUAUGUUAUAUUAGAAAACUAUAUAUGUAUGUAUCUACACAUACAAAAGUAAGUAGAUUAUAUUCUUUUUUAUAUACAUAGAUGAACAUUAUUUUGUAUACAUAUAAAA